AUGCCUCCCAAAGGGAAGCCCAAGGCUCUGACGGAGGCCUCAUCGCUGAAGUUUCCACCGUCAACCGUGGGAGCCCCGUCCUCGUCUCCUGCUCCUGCUUCAAAGGGCAAAGGCAAGGUUGAAGAUUCUGGCAAUGUGACUCAUGCUGAUGCUACGGCGAGCGGUUCCGGCCUCUCCUUGGAGGAAAAGCUGCGCUCUCUUCGUACGGCUGCUCCUGACAGCGGCUUCCUCGAUGAUGACUCCGACGAGGAACUUGAAGUCGACGUCAGGACGGAGGCUUUCAACCACGUUCGCUAUACGGCGAUUCUUCUGCUUCCGGUGGCUCUCGCCUUGGAAGUGGCAUCAGUCAUUACCACGGUCUGGACCCUGAUGAGGCGUGUCUGGUCUUCAACGCUCUCCGAUGGUGCUGCUGACUCGGCGAAGUUCCAAGAACUCCUCCCGGCAUACGUGGCGAAGACCCGCGACAGUCGGCUGCAAGUCUCCCUCCUGCACGAAGACGACAUCAGGAGCAUCAGGUCGAAGGAGGUUGUCUACACGCGUCCGAACGGCACGGUUUUCAGACUCUACUGGCAACACACUUACAAUCCCGCAUUUGUACGGGAGCGGGCGACGAAUGCUCAGGUGAUCGAAGUGGUGAUCCGCGACGUACCUGCGAUGAAGACACCUGAGAUGCUGCAGGAGCUGAUGGUGGUUUACCAGUUGCAGAAUCAGAAGCGUUCGGCGUUCGGCAUUGACGGUGUCUGCUUCCAUCGCGUUCUGCAUCCGGUUACUGGUGCUGAUACCGACGUCAUCAAGGGUCUCGUGAUCCCGCAUCCUGCUGCUUCUCUCCCGGCUUCGCCGCUGAUCACUCCUAUUCUGCUGGAUCCGGCGAUCGUGCUCAUCUCCAUUGGAGGGAACCGGGAGGAGUGGAUCUGCACUCAAGUGGGCUGCGGGAAGGCCAAGGGGAGGAGCUUCAUGACUGCAGCGGAUCACAUCACAUCGGCCAACCACCUCAUUCAUCUGGAGCAGCUCGGCUCUGCCACGCAUGCUUCUCUCGAAAAAGCGAGUCUCACUGUCACGAAGAAAGACUACGGGAUCUGA